AUGACAUCAUAUAUGCCAUGUUUUUGUCCUAGUUUAACGUGUUUUGCAUGCUAUGUAAGGGCAGUUUUUAGAGCAAUCAUUUUAAUAUCCAAUCCUGAUGAACAAUCAAUUACCGAUCAUAUAAUGGAUAAUUAUACGAGUGCAAAACGGCCAAACAUCAAAACUGUUUUAAAUUUUUUACUAUCAAAUCAUAUGCUUGAAUCCAAAUUAGAAUACACAAUUAUUGGGAAUAAUCCAGAUAGAUGUGCAGUCAACAAUUCAAACGAGACUCGUGUAUCGCUCGGAGAACACAUUGCUGAUGUUCCAACAGAAGUAACAUUCAGUAGCGUUCUCGAUGACGGCUCAAGUCAUAGAAAUAAUAAUCGACACGUUGUCGCACGCUUGAAUUUUGUGUGCAACGUAUGCAAUAAAUCGUGUUUAUCUGCGGCCGGACUUGGAAGCCACCGCCGAGUUCACCGAUCGUGA